UGACGGGUAAACGUGCCAUUUAAGGCAGAGCUCGCAGCAGCAGAAGCCCCAGCGCGAUUCCAUCUCCUGUGAUGUGUGCGCUCUCUCUCCGGGUUAUGGUCGCAUGGCGGGGGCCGCUUGUGAAAUGCCUGGGAGGCAGGCAGCCCGCUGACUGCUGAGCAGAGGAGAGAGGGGGAUCGCACGGGAGACAUGGCCUCUAAAGAGACAGCCGUCCCCUGCUUUGUCAGUGUGAGCAGGGAAAUGACAGACAACCUCUGGAGGAUUAUCGACAGAUCGACGGUCAAGUUCGCGCGUGGCAUCAAGCUGGACACCAAAAGCGGCAAGUCGGAGGACAAGAUUUUGGUUCUUACGACAUGGAGAUUCUACCUUCUGGCCACCAAGGUCCCAACCAAGGUGGAGCUGACCUUCAACUUUUUGGAGAUCCGAGCCAUGAACGCCUACCCUGAGCAACAGAUCGUCAUAGACACGGACAGAGCCUCCUACUCCCUGCACCUUCAGACACGUGAUCACCUGGACCACGUCAUGAACUACAUCAGCUUCGCUCUCUCCCGCAUCUUCAACAAUUCUAUUUUUGCCCCCUCAGUCUGUCGGUCAGAAGAUGACCUGUCCAGCGGGAGCCAGAAAUUCUCCCCCAGCUCAGAAACAUCUGUGGAGACGCAGCGAGCCUGUGGGGGGUUUUCGGAGACAUAUGCGGCUUUGUGUGACUACAAUGGAAUCAUCUGCAAGGAGGAGGUCCAGUGGGAUGUAGAUACCAUCUACCACUCACAAGAUAACAGAGAGUUCAAUCUGCUGGACUUCAGUCAUCUAGAGACCAGGGACCUUGCAGUGAUUGUGGCCUCCAUGGCAUACAACACGUGGUUCACCAAACUCUACUGCAAGGACAUCCGCAUCGGCUCCGAGGUUGUGGAACAGGUCCUCCAUACCCUCAGCAAAUCCAGCAGCCUGGAGGAGCUCACGCUGGAGAAUGUGGGCCUCAAAUCGGACUUUCCCCAGAAGCUGUCUCUAGCGCUCUCGGAGAACCCCUCCUCCAGCAUCCACUCACUCAACCUGGCGUUUAACACACUGGACAACCAGGGAGUCUCCAACCUCAUUCAGCAGGUCUGCCGCCUCAGCAAAGGCCUCCGUUUGCUAAACCUGUCCAAGACCUCGCUCUCCUCUAAGGGCGUCGUGUCCCUCUCCCAGGCUCUCUGCUCCACCGAUGAGUACUCCAACUCGCUCCUGCACCUGGACCUCAGCAGGAACCCUGGGGUGCUGUCCGGAGAAGACGCCUCGAACCUGUAUCUCUUCCUGUCCCAGCCCAACUGCCUGGUCCAUUUGGAUCUGUCAGCUACAGACUGCGCUGUGGACUCGCUGUUUGGGCCUCUGCUCCAAGGAUGCUGUGCUGAUCUCUCCUACCUGAACCUCUCCAAAAACUUCUUCUCUCACAGGAAGGGGAAGGAGGCCCUUCCCACGUUCCGGCAGUUCUUCAGCUCAGCCUUCAGCCUCACACAUAUCAGCCUGGCCAACAUGAAGCUCCCACCUGAGGCCCUGAGGGCUCUGCUCCUCGGAUUGUGCUCCAACCCCCACAUUAACGACCUGCACCUGGACAUCAGCGGCUGCGAGCUCAGAUCGGCCGGAGCAGCAGUAAUUCAAGAGCUGCUGCCGGGGGUCUCCUCCAUCGCCACCCUGGACAUCUCUGACAAUGGCUUGGACGCGGACCUGCUUGCUAUCCUCUCAGCCUUGUCCCGGCAUCCUUCGAUCAAACACCUCCUGCUGGGGAAAAACUUCAACAUCAAGAACAGGGUCCUGGAUGAAGUUCUGCAGAACCUGGUUCAGCUCAUUCAGGAAGAAGAAUGUGGGCUGCUGUCACUCUCGCUGGCGGAUUCCCGCCUCCGCUCGAGGGGCACCGUGCUGGUAAACGCCCUGGGCAGCAACACCUGCCUCCGCAAGGUGGACCUGAGUGGGAACAGCCUGGAAGACAUGGGAGCCAAGAUGCUGGGGAAGGCCCUGCAAAUCAACACCACACUCAGGAGCGUGACAUGGGACCGUAACAACACCACGGCCACGGGAUUCCUGGACGUCGCUCGAGCCCUGGAACAUAACUUCACCCUGCAGUACAUGCCCCUCCCCCUCAGUGAUGUCACCCAGGCGUACCGCAGCAGCCCUGACAAGACAGAGCAGGCCCUGGCCAAGAUCCAGAGGGCGCUGUUGAGGAACAACCAGACGCAGCGCUUCUCACAGCGCCAGGCACUGCGACUCCACCAGGGCCUGGUCACCAGCACGGCCGAGCAGGUGAUGGAGCGCCUGUGUGUGCGUGUGCAGCAGCAGCUGUGCGUAUUGAGGGGGGCGGGCCGGGGGGAGGACCUUCAGUCCGCCAAGCAGGUGCUGAAGGAGGCCCGUAACUCCCGUGCGCUCUAUCCCUCUCUCUGUGAGCUGGCCCACGUCCUAUCAGUAGACGGGCCGGUCCGUCAGAAACUGGACUCGCUGGCUGGGGAGCUGGCCAGGGCAGCCGACAAAGAGCUGCAGGUGAUCGUGGACUCCAUGGUGUCCCUGUGCCGUGAGUUGUGUCCGCUGUCCUCCGGGGCUGCCGAGCGCCUGACCCCGCCCCUGUCCUCCGUCGCCGAGCGCGUGUCAGUUCCCCGCUCCGCCAUCCGCAGCGCCCUGAUGGAGAGAGCGGCGCUGGACAUCCACCGAGCGAUGGAGGAGGUGAAGCUGUCUGUGGUCUCCUACCUAACAAACUCCAUAGUAGAUCAGAUUCUUCAAGAUCUGUACGCCACACACAAGACCCUGAGCCACCAAGUGGCUCAGGUGAGGCACUGCGAUGAGGAUGGGGAGCCAGGAGCGGGCCGGUGCCCCCAUAAACACCGCGACUCCUUAGACAUCACCGACGAGGACCUGGGACCCAGCAUAGACACACUAGCAAUCAAGAAGAGGAGCGGCAGGACCAGGCGGAUCCGUCCCGUGUCCACCAGGCUCAGUCUCUGUGAUGAUUCCAGUUCCUCAACCCCACCCUCUGCACCGCCUCUAUCAUCUCCUCUAUCCAGCUCAGCAUCAUGGGAAUGCCUGGCUACUUUGCCUACCCAGGGCGCACCUCUGCAUCAUGUGACCCGAGUCAGGCCAAGGCCACCACGGAGACACCGGGGAGGACACGGUCCCUUGUACUCGCACUGCACGGAGAAUGGAGUGGCCACGCCCCUCGACGACGGACUCCCGGAUUUUUACACCAAAAGGGUGCUGCCAGACAGUCAACUGUCAUCAAUUCACAAGGCCCAAUCCCUAAGGAGAAAGAAGCGGCGGAACAUGCUGGCCAUCUUCAACUUCCGUAGGCACCGUCACUCUGCACAGGCCAAUCAGGGUACAGAUUUGAGUGUAUGGGGCGGAGCCUGUGGGGACGAGUGUCGGACAGUGGCCACAGCGCCCACUGGCAUUGCCACGGAAAACGUGUACACACUGCUUCAGCCCCCGAGGCAGCCGGAGCCGGUCAGUGAGGCGGCUGACGGGAAGCUGGGACUGCAGAGGGGGGAGGAUCAGGGUGGCUCGACAGAAGGAAGCCGACCUCUGUUCCUAUCCUUCAAACCGCGGUCUGAAUCAGCCCAGGAAAAUGAGAGGCCAACACAGAGAAAGGCAGAGCCAGAAUCAGUCACAGAAAGGCAGUCAGUGGUCGACAAACAGACACUUAAACAAGCAGAAGUGGAUCAAGCAACAGACAAGCAGAGAACAACACACAGAAGGUCACAUAAGUGGACGAGGAAAGAUACGAUGUCAGACAGACAUUUAGGAACAGAGAAACAGUCAUUUGAACAAGGGGAGGUGGACCCGGUGAAAGAUGAACAGCUUAAGACGGACAGACGGACACCUAGAGAGGGGGCAUCAGAUCUAACGAUGGUGAAGCAGCCGGGCACAGAGAAGCAGCCACAGGGAGUGGAAGUGGUGGACAAAAUAAGUGACAGACAGACAGGUCGGGAGACACAGGCAAGGGUGGAACCAUCAACAGACAAAGAAACAGGGGCUGAAAGACAGAGGCAGACACAGAGGCAGCCAGGCAUGGGACCUACAAUGGAGCGGCAGUCAGGGACAAAGACACAAAGGCACAUAGAGGUCAUCUUAACAAUGGAGAGACGGCCAGGAAUGGGGAGACAGACACAUAUUCAGGAAAGUUCAGACAUGCAGACAGGAGCAGACAGACAAAUACAUCAUGGACAAUCAGGGGCUGAUGGUAGAAUGGAGAGACAGCUGGGAAUAAGUACACUGAGAGAUUGGGAGGGACUGCCAGAGAAGCCAGCAGACAGGCUAGCAUCCCACUGGGGGGAAAAACAGUUGGUGUCCAUGAUGACAGACACACUAGACAGACAUAAGGACAUACAGAAAGGGGUACACAUGCAGACAGACAGGCAAAGCAUGACAGACAUACAGAUGUAUAUGCAGCCAGAUGCAGAAAGACAGGCAGACAGGCAGACGGUUUCAACGGCACAGGUGAACAGGCUGACACUUUCCCUCACUCAUGCAGGCAAACCCAAAGCACCAGAGGCAUUAGGAUGGACAGGGGCAGAAGGACAGGCAGACAAGCAGAUGGUUCCAGAAAGGGAAACAGCCAGGCAGACGGUGCCAGAAAGACAGACAGAGGGGCAGACGAUGCCAGAAAAACAGACUGACAGCCAUGCCGUGCCUGAAAGACAGAUGGACAGGCAAGCAGUGCCAGAAAAGCAGAAAGACAGGCAGACAGUGCCAGAAAGGCAGAUAGAAAGGCAGAUGGUGCCAGAAAGACAGACAGAUAGGCAGACAGUGUCAGAAAGACAGAGAGACAGGCAGACGGUGCCUGAAAGGCAGGAGGACAGGCAGACAGUGCCAGAAAGGCAGAUGGACAGGCAAGCAGUGCCAGAAAAGCAGAAAGACAGGCAGACAGUGCCAGAAAGGCAGAUAGAAAGGCAGAUGGUGCCAGAAAGACAGACAGAUAGGCAGACAGUGUCAGAAAGACAGAGAGACAGGCAGACGGUGCCUGAAAGGCAGGAGGACAGGCAGACAGUGCCAGAAAGGCAGAGAGACAGGCAAACGGUGCAAGGGCAGACAGACAGGCAGACAGUGCAAGGGCAGACAGACAGGCAGACAGUGUCAGAAAGGCAGAUGGACAGGCAGAUCAUAACAGAAAGACAAAAAGACAGACAGGCAAUGUCAGAAAGGCAGAUGGACAGGCAGACAGUGCCAGAUAGACAAGCAGACAGGCAGACAAUGUCAGAAAGGCUGAUGGACAGGCAGACAGUGCCAGAUAGACAAGCAGACAUGCAGACAGUGUCAGAAAGGCAGAUGGACAGGCAGACAGUGCCAGAUAGACAAGCAGACAGGCAGAAAAUGUCAGAAAGGCAGAUGGAUAGGCAGACCAUAACAGAAAGACAAAAAGACAGACAGGCAAUGUCAGAAAGGCAGAUGGACAGGCAGACAGUGCCAGAUAAACAAGCAGACAGACAGGCAAUGUCAGAAAGGCAGAUGGACAGGCAGACAAUGUCAGAUAAACAAGCAGACAGGCAGACAAUGUCAGAAAGGCAGAUGGACAGGCAGACAGUGCCAGAUAGACAAGCAGACAGACAGGGAAUGUCAGAAAGGCAGAUGGACAGGCAGACAGUGCCAGAUAAACAAGCAGACAGGCAGACAAUGUCAGAAAGGCAGAUGGAUAGGCAGACAGUGCCAGAUAAACAAGCAGACAGACAGGCAAUGUCAGAAAGGCUGAUGGACAGGCAGACAGUGCCAGAUAGACAAGCAGACAGGCAGACAAUGUCAGAAAGGCAGAUGGACAGGCAGACGGUGUCAGAAAGACAAGCAGACAGACAGGCAAUGUCAGAAAGGCAGAUGGAGAGGCAGACAGUGCCAGAUAGACAAGCAGACAGGCAGACAAUGUCAGAAAGGCAGAUGGACAGGCAGACGGUGUCAGAAAGACAAGCAGACAGGCAGACAAUGUCAGAAAGGCAGAUGGACAGGCAGUCGAUGCCAGAUAGACAAGCAGACAGGCAAACAAUGUCAGAAAGGCAGAUGGACAGGCAGACAAUGUCAGAAAGGCAAAUAGAUAGGCAGACAAUGCCAGAAAGACAUACAGACAGGCAGAUGUUGCCAGAAAGGCAGACACACCGGCAGACAAUGCCAGAAAGGCAAAUUGACCGGCAGACAAUGUCAGAAAGACAGAUGGACAGGCAUAUGGUGCCUGAAAGACAGAUGGACAGGCAGGGGGUGCCAGAAAGACAAACAGACAACCAGAAUGUGUCAGAAAGACAGACAGAAAGGCAGACAGAUUUGAUCAGACAUGCAGAGAGACACACAUCAUCAAACAUACAUACAUACAGACGGACCAUGUCGGAAAGACAGACAGAUGCGCAGAUAGGUAUGGUUAUGCAAACAGACAGACAGGCUGCAUCAGACACUCAUAUGCACAGAAGGACGCUCUCAGAAAGAUAUACUGAUGGGAGGAUGGGGUUUGUCACACAGAUAGACAGACAGGCUGCAUCAGACAGACAUACACACAGACAGACCUUAUCAGAAAGACAGACAGACACACAGAUCGUUUUGCUUAAGCAGACAGACAGGCAGGCUGCAUCAGACACACAUACAUAUAGGCAAACCCUGUCAGAGAAACAAACAGAUGGGCAGAUGGGUGUGGUUACACAGACAGAUAUACCGGCUGCAUUAGAUGCACUUACUCACAGACGUACUGUGGGAGGCAGACAAACAGAUGGGCAGAUGGGUUUGGUUAUGCAGGCAGACAGACAGGCUGCCUCAGACUCAAAUGUACACAGACGGACCCUGUCAGACAGACAGAUAGAUGGGAAGAUUGGUUUGAUUGUGCAGACAGACAGACAGGCUGCAUCUGACUCACAUACACACAGACGGACCCUAUCAGAGAGACAGAAAGAUGGACAGAUGGGUUUGGUUAUGCAGACAGACAGACAGGCUGCAUUAGAUGCACAUACAUAUAGACAGACCCUAUCAGAAAGGCAGACAGAUGGGCAGAUGGGUUUGGUUAUGCAGACAGACAGACAGGCUGCAUCAGACUCAUAUACACGCAGACGAACCCUGUCAGAGAGACAGGCAGAUGGGCAGAUGAGUUUAGUUAUGCAGACAGACAGACAGGCUACGUCAGACUCCUAUACACACAGACGGACCCUAUCAGAAAGACAGACUGAUGGGCAGAUGGGUUUUGUUACACAAACAGACAGACAGGCUGCAUUAGAUACACAUACAUAUAGGCAGACCCUAUCAGAAAGACAGACAGAUGGACAGAUGGCUUUGGUUAUGCAGGCAGACCGACAGGCUGCGUCAGACUCAUAUACACAUAGACGGACCUCGUCAGAGAGACAGACAGAUGGGCAGAUGAGUUUGGUUAUGCAGACAGACAGACAGGCUGUGUCAGACUCAUAUACACACAGACGGACUCUAUCAGACAGACAGACAGAUGUGCAGAUGGGUUUUGUGAUGCAGACAGACAGACAGGCUGCAGCAGACAGACGUGCAUACAGACGGACCAUGUCAGAAAGGCAGACGGAUGCACAAACGGGUUUGGUUAUGCAGACAGACAGACAGGCAGUAUCAGAUAGACAUACAUACCGACAGACCCUGUCAGAAAGGCAGAUUGAUGCACAGAUGGGUUUGCUGAUGCAGACAGACAGACAAGUUGCAUCAGACACUCAUACACACAGACGGACCAUGUCAGAAAGGCAAAUGGAUGCACAGAUGGGUUUUCUGAUGCAGACGGACAGACAGGUUGCAUCAGACACACACACAUACAGACGAACCCUACCAGAAAGACAGACAGAUGCACAGGUAGGUUUAUUUAAACAGGCAGACAGACAGGCUGCAUCAGAUACAUAUACGUACAGACGGACCCUGUCAGACAGACAGACAGAUGCCCAGAUGGGUGUAGUUAUAUGGGCAGACAGCCAGGCACCAUUGGACACUCAGCUGCAAAGAAGGGCAGUUUCAGAAAGACAUGCAGAUAGACAGAUGGUGUUGGUAACGCCAACAGACCAGCAAGCUACCCAGGACCUGCAGAUGAGUAAACAGACACCUGCAUACACCCUGAUGGAAAGACAAGCAAAUUUCCAUCCUUUGGGAGAAAGGAGGAAGACUGGAGAAGGUCUGGAGGGACCAGUUCCAUAUGGGGUAAAACCAGACCCCCCUCCUCAGAGCAGCAAGCCCAGCCUGGCAAAACUGAGACAGCGCCGCCUGCAGGAAAGCCCCGGUGUUGAAGAGGAGGCCAACGUGAAUGGUGAGAGGGAAGAGCAGCGAAAAGACACAAGAGGCAAAGACCUUGUCCCUGAAAAGCCAGUCACGCCCACUGCAACUGAGAUGGCCAAUGAGAGAAAGGUCCCGCCCUGCUCUACCAAGCUUGGCCCUGACGUGUCGAUCCCUCAAGGGGAGUCAUUCGUUAGACCUGCAGCACCUGUAAAGCCACAGAGGACCAGGAAAUUACUCUCCAUUGACACAGGCACUGACCGGGACAGCCCCGGUAAUGCAGAGAGGCCCUUGAACCGCAAACCCCCUGUGAAAAAACCCAGGCUCCCCCAGAACAGGGCCAAAUCGCAGGAGCUCCUUGGCUAUGAAAACACAGUGCCUGGAAGCAGUGCCCCAAAAUGACCUGUGGAGCUCACCUGGUGCUGGGGAGGGGGGGGGAGAGUGUUACCAAGACAACAGUGGGAUGUUCUGCUCAGUGAGGACAAAGGCGUUAAAAGUAGAUGAAGGGAGAGGAGUAGGGGAGGAGGAAGGUGUAAUGGAAGCGAGAGCUGUUCAGUGUGGACUCUACAAUCACCGUCUUUUGAACUGUUGGAUAGUAAAUCCACAAACAUGUACAUCCACCUGCCAACUCUACACCCCACCCUACAAAGUAGUUAUUCCACUCACCACGCCCCAAAUGCGUCGUUUUUAAUGUUUUUCUCUAUAGGGACUCUCAAAACCGUAAACUGUGUUCACUGCUGUUGAUUUUCUCUCGCUAGCUGCUGAAACGUUAAUCAUUAUUAUGAUUCAGAUUAUUAUUAUUAUGAUGAUGAUUAUUAUUAUUACUAUUUGUUGUUGCUGUUGCUUUUUUGUAUGAUUAUGGCAAAAUGACCAUCAUACUUUAAUCUGUGUUUUAACCGUUAGCUUUAUAUGGUUGUGGAUACUUGUUAAAUGAAAUCAAACGCUAUUUAUACCCCUAUCUGCCGCCCUUCACUGAAAUGUGAUAUAUUUUAUAAGAAAAAUCCUCUAAGAAUA